AUGCCAGCUGCUGAGAAGCGCAUUGACCCCGAGGACGGCGUGGCAUACACCUUUGAAGCACUUGCAGAGUACUACAAAGGUAAGUACAAGAAGGCAGCAAUCAACGCGUAUUGGGAAGAGUGCAAGCCCGUAAAGAGGAAGGGAAAGGCCGCAAAGGAGCCAGAGCCCAAGGCGAAGGCAAAGGCGAAGGCGACAGCCAAGUCCAAGGGAAAGGCUGCGCCCGAGCCAAAAGCGAAGGCGAAAGCCACGGCAAAGGCCAAGGCGAAAGCCAAGGCCGAGCCCCCGGCGAAGCCCGCGCUGGGCAAGCCGGCCACUGCCGGGCAGUUCCGCUCCGGCAAACCCAUCAAUGUGUCGGCGCUGACCAAGGUGUCCAAGGACGACCUCGGCAUGCUGCCACAGCCGCUGAAACCCAGGUUCAGGACAGCUCUCGUUGGCAUCUACGUUCGCUCUCAGCCGUUCGGAGGCAGCGACAAGAGCUCCAAUGGCCACCGUUAUGACAGCAUCCCUUUUGCCAAUGGCAUGAUCAGCGCUGGCAACAGCUGCCAGCUCAUCCAUUAUGUCCACGAGGAGCACGACACCUUCUUCGACGUGUGCAAGGCCUUCGAUGCAAUCAUCGUGCGGUGCAACCCUGGUCAGAUCAAGGCCGAUGGAGGAGACCAGGGAAAAUUCGACAACGGCAUGCGUGCGUUGCGCAAGCUGGACAUCCAGGUCUGGCCAGCCCCGGAUGUCAUGGAGUUCAUGGGUGCAAAGGAUGCGCUCUGCAAGAUUGCGACUCUGAAGAUCGGGCUUGAGGACACCCUUGCCUACUACGACCCCGCGGACUUCGCUACAGGUUUCAAGAAGACCAUGGCUUUCCAGCCGCGCGUCAUCAAGCAGAAUCGCGGGUCCUCCGGAGAGGGCAUUUGGAUCAUCAAGCUGAAGUCUGGCAACUAUUGCAAGACGUACGGCGAGCGCUCCUGCACGGAUGACGAGGUCCUGGAUCUCAUGGAGGCCAACGACAACCACUCGGAGGAGCACACUGUGGCUGAGUUCAUCGAGUUUUGCGUCAGUGGCCGCACCAGCAAGAGUGGCACUUGGACCUCCAAGGGCGUCGGAAAGUAUUUGGAGGGCGGCAAGGAGGCUGGCGGCCAGCUUGUGGACCAGCGCUUCUGCCCCCGCAUCGUGGAAGGAGAGCUUCGCUACAACAUGGUGAGCGAUGCGCUCGUCGGCAUUAUCCACAAGAAGCCCAAGGAAGGCGGCAUCAGUGCCGUUGGUGGAACGGGAUCUGUCUACACCUACUAUGGGCCCAAGGAGAAGAAGUUCUCGAACCUGACCAAGAACUUCUUGGACGACGACCUUCCGAAGAUCAUGCCAGCUUUGGGGCUCGGUGAGGAACCGAUCCCUUUGUGGUGGACCUCCGACUUCAUCAACUCCUCCCCUGAGGGCACAGAUCCCAAGGAUGAGAAGUGGAUCGUCGGUGAGUUCAACUGCUCCUGCGUCGGCGUCUCCAAGUGCCUGCCUGCUUACUGCAAGGAGGACACCCCGAACGCCUGCUACAACGACAUCCCCAGGAAGGACAUGAUGGAGGUGAAGAGGAUCGGAGACCUCAUCGGCAAGAAGGGCAUGGAGGUCCUCGUUUCCGCGGCCAAGAAGAGGUCCAAGCCUGCCGAAGCCGGGCAGUUCUUCUCCGAUGGCCCCAUUGACGUCUCCGCGCUGAAGAAAGUCGUCAAGGACGACCUGGGCCUGCUGCCGCAGCCGAAGCAGCCGAGGUACAACACCGCCCUCACGGGCAUCUACGUGCGCAGCCAGCCGGGUGGCGGCACUGACAAGAGCGCCAACGGCCACCGCUACGACAGCAUGGCAUUCGCCAACGGCAUCAUUCAGGCGGGCAUGAGCUGCCAGCUGAUCAACUACGUGCACGAGGAGCAUGACAAGUUCUUCGAUGUUGUCAAGAACUUCGAUGCCAUCAUUGUCCGCUGCAACCCAGGACAAAUCAAGGCCGACGGAGGAGACCAGGGCAAGUUUGACAACGGCAUGCGCGAGAUGCGCAAGAAGGGGAUCCAGGUGUGGCCGGCCCCGGACGUCAUGGAGUUCAUGGGUGCCAAGGAUGCACUGUGCAAGAUCGCGAGCUUGAACAUUGGGCUCGAGGAUACGCUUGCCUACUACGACCCAGCGAUCUUUGCUGCCGGUUUCAAGAAGACCAUGGCUUUCCAGCCGCGCGUCAUCAAGCAGAAUCGUGGGUCCUCAGGAGAAGGCAUCUGGAUCAUCAAGCUCAAGAGUGGCAAUUACUGCAAGACCUACGGCGAGCGGUCGUGCGAGGACAGCGAAGUCCUGGAUCUGAUGGAGGCCAACGACAACCAUUCGGAAGAGCACACUGUUGCAGAAUUCAUUGAGUUCUGUGUGAGCGGCCGCACUGCCAAGUCGGGCACCUGGACCUCAAAGGGCGUGGGCAAGUACCUCGAGGGAGGGAAAGAGGCCGGUGGCCAGCUUGUCGAUCAACGCUUUUGCCCUCGCAUCGUGGAGGGAGAGCUUCGCUACAAUAUGGUGGCUGAUACCUUGGUUGGCAUCAUCCACAAGAAGCCUAAGGAGGGUGGCAUCAGUGCCGUCGGUGGCACUGGCUCCGUCUACACCUUCUACAGCCCCAAGGAGAAGAAGUUUGCCAGUUUGACCAAGAGCUUCCUCACCGACGACCUGUCGAAGAUCAUGCCAUGUCUGGGAUUGGAAAGCGAGCCAAUUCCACUCUGGUGGACGUCGGAUUUCAUCAACUCCUCGCCUCUUGGCACGGACGCCAAGGAUGAGAAGUGGAUCGUGGGAGAGUUCAACUGCUCCUGCGUUGGUAUCUCCAAGUGCUUGCCUGCCUGCGUCACGGACGAUGCUCCGAGCGC